AGAGAAUCGCGAAUCGUUUUCCUUCUCGUUUCAGAUUCAGCUGAAUCCAUCAAGUUCUUCUAGGGUUCACUCCCCUGCAGCUCCUCCGAAACUUCAGCUUCAGCGAAUCUCUUCCUCCUUGUCGCGUCAGAGACGAUGGCGGGGCCAUUUGCAUACAGGAAUCUUGCUCCCAAGACGAAGAACCUGGUCGUCGCGGGUGGUCUGACGGCGUUUGUGUUUGGAGUGUAUUUCUACACAAUGAGAGCUGUUGGCGGUACAGAUGAGCUCCAGACGGCCAUCGAUAAGUUCGAAGAGCAAAGAAGCAAGCAAGAAGCUUAGGCAGAGAAGUCGUCCAAUGCUCGAGACUGGAUGUGACUUCGACGGUGGCCUAACUAUAAUUUUGGAUUUCCUGGACUCCUCACUCGACGUGCACACUUUUUGAUUUUGUUAAUAUAUGCACAUAUGGGAUCUCAACUGCUGUGACAGUGCAUGGUCGACGCCGAAUAAGGCAUGCUCGUGUUAUGAGACGAUCCCGUACUCGAUGUUGUCCGUAUCGGCCCUAACAUAUGAACAUGCAUGGUGAUAUUCAUUGGAGAUGGGACUUGUAAUCGCAUCAACGAAUAUGAAGCCGAUUGGACUUGUGAUCGCAUCGAUGAAUACGAAGUCUUAGCGCAAAA